AGAGACGCAGUUUCAGCUUUCGUUUUUGCAGCAGUAGAAAAGCAGCUGGGUUGAACGGAUCCGAUGUAUUUGUGUGUAAAUAUUGUAUGUUAGAGAGAAUAUCAGGUAGAUCCGGUAUUCAAAAUGCACAAGUCGGUCGCGCGCAGAACUCGGUGAUGAAGGACGUAAACAGCUGAACGGAUUGCUGUGAUGGAGGGCGCGCGCUGGGCGUUCCGGUGCGGCGCGUGGAGCCCGAGCCGGGCGGAGUGGCUGCUGGCCGCGCGCUGUCUUCAACCGGAGGAGAGAGAACGGAUCAAUCAGUUCCUGUUCGCCAAAGACGCCAAAGCAGCCAUGGCUGGGCGUCUGCUGAUCAGGAAGCUGGUGUGUGUAAAGAUGGGUCUGCCAUGGGACGGGUUCCGCUUGGACAGGACGACCCGAGGAAAACCCUACCUGGCCCACCCCUUGUCUGGCUCAGGCUCCGCCCCCUGGAGUUUCAACAUCUCUCACCAGGGUGACUUCGCCGUGCUGGCGGCUGAACGCGGGAGGCAGGUGGGAGUGGACGUGAUGAAGACCACCAGACCAGGCAGCAGCUCUGUGCAGGAGUUCUUCAACAUUAUGAAGCGUCAGUUCACCGAUUUCGAAUGGCGAACGAUCACAUCUGCACAGUCCGACUGGGACCAGCUGCACCUCUUCUACAGACACUGGGCUUUGAAGGAGAGUUUCAUUAAAGCGAUUGGCUCAGGGCUUGGCUUCAACCUGCAGAGGGUGGAGUUUCACAUUUCACCCAAUCAAAUGCAAGAGGGGUGUGUCUUCUGCCAGACCAAAAUGCACCUGGAUGAGGAGGAAGAGGAGGACUGGACAUUUGAGGAGUGUUUGUUGGACGAGCACCAUCACGUUGCCGUGGCGCUGGGAAAACCCGACGGCUCCGUCCCAAGCGAUGCUGCGAAUCCAGAAGAGGCCAAGUCCCUUGAGUUCACCGUUCUGAGCUUCAAUGAACUGAUGGCAGAGGCCACGCCCCUUUCAGAGGAAGACCCCACCCACUGGGAGAGUUUUAGGAGGAAACAGGAGUCACCGCUACGGCAGAGUGAAGGAUAGGGAGUGGUCAGGGGUGUAUAAAUUUUUGGUGUCGUAUUGUAAUGGUCAUAAUAAAUAAGCAGGGCCUCGUACCCAGUGUUUCCGGAUCCACCACAACCCUGAGCAGGAUGAAGUGGUUACCAACGGUGAAGGAGUAAAUUAAAAUCAAUAAGUGUGUGUGAGUUGCUGAGUAGCAUGUAUCUCUGUUAGUUUGUCUUUCUCUGCAUGUUAUCCUGUUUCUUCCUUUCUCAGUUUGUCUCUCUCCAACACGGCAUCUGUUUCCCUCCAUCUGUCUCCCUCUGCUUCUCUCACCUUUCUUUUCUUUUGUUGAUUCCUUUUGACAUUUAAGCAAAAACUGUGCUACUGUGUGUUUUUCUCUAUUGACUUUUAGUGCCAUUUGUGUUUCUUUCAAAAAAAACCACACACACACACACAGGGUGCAUGUAGACAUGCGCAAGAAAGACACACACCAGAGACAAGAGCUCACAAAUGGGGGUCCUACCAAGUCUGUGUGUUUUUUCCCACCUCGUCUCCUCUCCCAUGAAUGCUUUUCCCUGUUACCACGGCAGCACAGACUGUUACACCGAGGUGACUGGAACGCGCAGUGUUAGCCAACCGAGCUAAUCUACAGAAUGAUGGAGAGAGUGAUGGUGGUUUAGAUGGAGUGAGUGUCUGCGUGUUGAGGCAUGUUUCACUGAAGGCCACGCACUUACUACCGCACUCACUUAACACUUCAGCAUGAGGAAGUACACACACAGUAUGAGUGGUGUAACUGUAGGUAAUACAGCACUCAGGCUGCCAGAAUAAAUUUCAAAUUUAGAUACCUUAAGUGAAAUAUUACAGAAAAUAUACACACUGCCCAGUUUAUUAGGAACACUUACAAUUGUAGUCAGAAGUUUACGUAUUUGACGUAAAAUAGCGCAAAGAACACCCAGUAUAUUCACAACCCAGAAGUCUGGUAGUAAUUCAGCUCAUCAUAUUUGGAGAAAGAAGGGUUGUGUGGCAGUGUAUAUGAUCACUACACACAGUGAAGCAUGGUGGUGGGAGCAUCAUGAUUAUAUGGGGCUGCAUCUCUGCAAAUGGUACUGGGGUAUUACACAUCACUGAAGGAAACAUGAAUGGAACUACAGUAUGUGUUGCACAUGAUGAUGUAAAGGAGAAUUUAGUCUCAUCAGCAAAUAAAGUGAAUCUGAGGAGCAGAUGGAUGUUUUAACAAGACAACAACCCCAAAUGUACAGGCGAAAUAGCUCAAGAAUGACUUGCAUGGCCUAGCCAAUCUCUUGACCGGGAUCUUAAUUAAUGUUUCUGGAGGAUUUUGAAUUUGCAAGUUCACCAGAAAGACAAUUAUAACCCCCCUGGUGAAGAUUUUCAAAGAGGAAUGGGUCAAAAUUGAACCAAAGUGCUGCAAAAAUCUAAUUCCUAUCAUAAGCAUCUCCAAGCUGGAGUUGCCAAUAAUAGCUUUUCAACAAAAUUUGCAGUGUUUGAAUACUUUUUUCACUUAUCAAUUUAGGUUUAUAUAUAUAUAUAUUUGUUUAUGCUUAUAAAUUCACACUCUUUUGUUCAUAUUUACUAUAAGUACAAAGUCCAAAGACACUACCUGUGUACAUUUUUUUAAG